AUGCCAUCAUAAAUUGAUGUCUUUUAAUUAACUUAUUCAUCGACUGAUGAUGAAAUUCAAUUAUGCGUUGAGUGGAUCAAGGCUUAAUUGAAAGCUAAAUAGACUGUUACGCUGUUAGUUAAGAAAUGUUAAAGACAAGAAUUAAUACCAUAAGUAACUGUAGAUAUAGUGACAAUGAUUUAAUAAAGAAUUAAACAAUUAAGUUAGGAUCCCUAAACUCGUUUGAGUGAAGUUUAAGAAUUACUAAAAAUCUAUAACUAGAAAGGGGUGAAGAAUCAAACUAUUUUGAUUUAGAUAUAUGUAAAAAAUUGUAAUUAGCAAUAGAUUGAACUUGCCAAUGCCAAAUAACCUGAGGCUUAAGAUAAAGCCAUUGAAUUACUGUGCAAAGUAGAGGAGAAAAUAAGAAAGCAAUUUACAACUUAAUUUUCCUAAUUUCUAAAAGAAAAAAUUAAGUAACUCAUGGGAAAUGGUUAAUAAGAAGCAAAUCAAUAAAAUUACAAAGAGGCUUUGGCUUUAUUUUAGAAAGCCCAAGAAUUAAAUAAUUAUUAUGAAGAAAAAGACACAACUAUAUAGCUAAACAUUCAAUUAGGAAAUGCCUAUCAUUCCUUAAAAUAAUAUGACGAUGCUCUAAAUGUGUGGGAGAAGUCUAUCAAAUACAUUUAAAGUCAAUCAUAGCAACAAUAAUUCCAAAAUGAGUUAAUUUACAUGUAUAAUACUGUUGGAUAAAUUUAUUAUGACAAAAAGCAAAAUAAUAAAGCUACCUAAUAUUGGGAUUCAGCGAUAAGCAUUUUGGAAUAACAAAAUGAAUAAGAAAAAUUGGAACAACAAUCGAAAUAAUUAUUAGGACACCUACUAAACAAUGUAGGGAUGAUAUACUAUUAAAAAGGGGAAGUAAAAAGAGCCAUUUAAAACUUUUAAAAAACAAUUGAAGUCUAUGAGAGUAUUUAUGGAAAGGGCCACAUUAGUGUUGGGAAUAGGUUAAACAAUUUAGGUGAAGCGUAUAGAAGCGAUAAACAAUAUGAUAAGGCUUUGGAGAUGUUCAAUAAAGCCUUGAGGAUAAAGAAGGCUGAAUUACAAGUGCAACCUUCAAAGAGUUUAGCAAGUACUAUAAAUAACAUUGGAAUGACUUUACAAAAUAAACAAUCUUUUGAAGAGGCUAUUGAUUAUUUCAAAUAAGCGUUGUAAAUGUAUAAUGAACCAGGAGUGUUUAGCGAUCCUAAUGCUGGAGAUGCCGCUUUGCAAAAGAGUAAUACUAUGCAUAGUAUUGCAGAAUGUUAUAGGGAAUUGCAUAAUUCAGAAUUGUGUAUUCAGUAUUUUAGAGAUGCCUAUAAAUACAAAGCGUAGGAGUUGAAAAUAUUUCAUAAAUCAACUUAACACACAGCUAUUUAAUUGGCUUCAGCGUUAUUUUAACAGAACAGAUUUGAAGAAUCUUUGAAGAUAUUUGAGGUAGUUUUGGAUGGUUAGAAACAAGUCUAUGGAUAAGAUUCUUAAAUUGUGGCUUAGACAAUCAACAACAUAGGAACAGUUCUAUCUGAAUUAAAAUAAUAUUAGAAGGCAUUAGAGAAAGUUCAAGAAGCAAUAAGAAUAUUCGAAAAGAAACUUGAUAAAAGUGAUCCUUAUCUUCAAAAAGCAUAUGAAAAUAUGAAAAAUAUCAAAUAAAAGCUACUGGAAUGA